AUGAUGGAUAAACUCCCUGAUGGUCUACUUGGUGAAAUUCUUCUCCAAUCACCCUUUCCUUUUCUUCUUCAUUGCAAAUCUUUCAACAAACAGUUUCUGCGUGUGAUUUCUGAUCCACUCUUCAUUCACUCGCGUCCGACACAUCCCCAAUCGUUACCUAGUGCUUUUGAAAGGCAUGCACUGUUUCUCCUCUUUCACUUACAUUUGGAUUCCAACUACAACAAGAUUAUGCUUUUCCCUGUAGAUUCCAACAACAAUACUCAUAUAUUAAGAGGGUCUGAUUUUCUCCCUCGUUGUUGGCCUCUGGAUUGGGAUCGAGUCAAAGUGAAAGGCACACAUUACGACCUAGUUUUAUGCCGUACUCACAAUUAUUGUUACACUAACUAUUUCGUAUGCAACCCUUUCACAAAACAACAUGUAGCUUUGCCCAAAUUAAAGAAGAGUCAUGCACAAGAAUUGCCUCGUGUAGGCUUCAUUUGUGACCAAUCUCUGUCAAGGUUUCGUGUUGUGCACAUACCUGUCAAUUGUUUUCAAUACGUUUCAAAGUUUGAAGUGAACCUGUUUUCAUCUGAGACAGGUGAAUGGACAAAGUUUGAAGUGAACAUGAGUGCUUUCGAGGUUGGCAAAGCUCUAUUGUCAAAUACAUCUAGAAACAUUUUUAUCUAUAAUGAAAAGUUUGUUUGGUGGAUGGGACUACAUGGUUUUUUUGUGUGUGAUCCGUUUAAUGGUGGGGUGUGGAAAAUAAUACCCAUGAGGAUUCCUUGUCCUUUUCUUGAUGUAAGUGUUCAAUGGAAUACAUGCAAUGGGCAAGUUAAGGCCUGUGAAAUUUCAAAGACAAGAUCGGAAGUUUUAGUUUAUGAAUUUGUAAAUUUUGAAGAAGGGUCAUGGUUCACUAAACAGUAUGAUUUUGAAGAGGGAGAAGUAAAUAUCAAGAAUAUGAACUUGUUGGCUUUUCAUCCUCACUGUGAAAAUAAGAUGUAUUUGUAUUCAAAGAAAUGUAUUUUCUUGUGUGAUUUUGAAAACCAGAAAUUGGAGUGUGUGUUCACAGCAAGGGUGGAUGAAGAUAUGCGCAUUUCAAAUAAUGUUAUGUCCCUUGUUCUCCCUAAAUGGCCAAGCCAAAUUCUACCUUGA